AACAACAAACAUGGCUGCCCCCAGUGAGUUUAUGCCGAGAUUCAAUCUCAAAGACGGUGAGGAUUUGGAGGAUUUUAUAGAAUCAACUGACAGCGAGAACACAAAAAAACAAAUAAAGUAUGGAUUAGCCAUCUUUAAGGAAUACUGCAGUCUUGCUGAAGUGAAUUAUGAAGAGCUGGAUAACAGCCAACUGGACAAACUCUUGUCAAGAUUUUACGCUGGUGCUCGCAGUAAGAAAGGAGCGGAUUACUGCGCUAAAACAAUGCACAGCAUCAGGUUCGCUCUUCAGCGGCACUUUCUAGCAGCCAGACGGACUGACAUCAGAAGUCAAGAUUUUUCAGUCUCCAAUCGGACCUUCAAAGCGACACUGGGGAAACUGAAAUCCAAAGGGAAAGCCUCAGUGCAGCACCACCCUCCUGUCAGCCCGGCGGAUAUGAGGCUCAUACAGGCCAGUCUGGAUCUCUCCAAGCCCAAGGAACUACAGCAGAAAGUGUUCGUGGAUUGUAUGAUUUAUUUCACUAAUAGAGGAAGGGAAAAACUGCGAGGGAUGAGACCACAUGAUUUUGUGUUACAUGAAGAAAAUGGACACGAAUUUUUCACUCUCAGAGUUGUGAAUCCAAAGAAUCACCAAGCUGAAGCUGCUGAGGAGAGCCAGGGAGGUCAGAUGCAUGAAAUUCCAGGAAAUCUGAGAUGCCCUGUGAAAACCUUAAAGAAAUAUCUCGGCAAAUUGAACCCAUUGUGUGACUAUUUCUGGCAAAGACCAAAACAGCGAGUAGAUGAGGAUAACAGUGUCUGGUAUGAUCAUGUACCUCUGGGCAAGAAUACUUUAGAAUCGAUGACAAAGAAAAUAAGCGAAGCUGCCGGCUGCUCCAAGAAAUAUACCAACCACUCACUCAGGGCCACCAGUAUAACCAUAUUGGAUCACGCCGGUUACCCAUACAGGGACAUCAUGACCAUUUCUGGCCACCGAUCAGAAGCAUCAAUCAAAAACUAUGCUGGGAAAAAAAAGGAGAUGUCGAACACAUUAUCAGCAAAAAUCCAGUUCAGCGGAUCAAAACCUUCUGAGUUUGUAGAGGAUGUGCCCAUCGAUGAUCAACCAUCAACAUCAGACAAUUUUGACAGCAUGUUUGAUGAUACAGAUGAUAAUUUAUCCACUGACAGUCAGCUUGAAGCUGGUAUAAUGAGUUCAUCAGGAGACACAUGGCGUUCCUUCAGGAAGUCUCAGGCUCCUGAUCCUGAUCCCUCACAGUUGUGUGAAAAUGUGAAAACGGAGACUUCAGAUGGACGAACAUCUGAGGUGUCAGAAGUCUGCGUGAAGAAAGAGGAGACGCUGGAGCUGAACAUCUACAACCAUGGAGGUGAUCUCGACAACCCACCUGAAGUUGUCUCCGUUAAAGAGGAAGGUCCUGAUAGUAAAGACUACCUCUACUGUGAACUUUGCAAAUCCUUCUUCUUCAACAAGUGUGAACUUCAUGGACCACCCCUCUUCAUUCCUGAUUCUCCAAUUCCCAUGGGAGUCUCUGAUCGAGCCAGACAAACUCUUCCUCCUGGACUAGAGAUUCGGAAGUCCGGUAUUCCUGAUGCAGGCCUGGGAGUGUUUAAUAUGGGGGAGACUUUUCCAGUAGGUACACAUUUUGGACCCUGCCAAGGAGAGCUGGGAGACAGAGAGGAAGCCAUGAACAGUGAAUACUCCUGGGUGGAAAGUGAGGAUGCUGAGACAGGCCCAGAGCUGGAAACAGGGAGGGACGCACAGCAAACACAGGAAGAGGAGUCAGAGUCUGAGGACCAACAGGGGGAGGCAGAGUUGGAUGUGUUUGAGAACCAGAUGCCACACGCCAGUGGCAGCCAGCAGACCACAAAGUCACUCAAGGGCAGGAGGCUGGUGGACCUGGACAGUGACCAGGAGGAGGAGCUUGUUGAGUGGUACAUCAGCCACCCUGAAAUGUAUGACCACAAUAACAAGAACUACAAACGGUCCGACAAGAAAAACAAACUGCUGCAGGAAAAGGCCAAGGAAAUGGGGUUAAUGGUCAGAGACAUAGUAACAUGGUUUAAGACACAGAGGACAGCUUUCACCAGACUGAAGUCUGGGAAAAAUGGGCAGGCCAAGCACCCACUUACACACAGGGCACAGUGGGUGCAGGACAAGUUUCAGUUCCUAGCACCACAUCUGAGAAUGAGGAAAAAUGUGACCAGUUUCCCCCCAUUACCCAGUCCAACCCAAAAUAGUGAUGAUGACCAGGAAGUUGCUAUGGCCGAGUCCUCUGAUGCCCCACCCAGUUCUGUCCAAGGCAGUCAAAGUCAACCAAAAAGGAAAGGCAAGUCAAGUGUGGAGUUGGCUGUUGUCCAGCUGGCACAGCAGAUCAGCAGUCGGGCCCUCCAUACCAGCUGCAGGGACAAAGUCAUGGUAACUGAUACAAGAAGUGCCUGGGCCAACUGGGUGGUGGCAGAACUGAAGGACCUGAAUAACGAGGAAUGGAUGGAGUUCCAACAGGAGGUCAUUUCCAUAAUGUAUAAGCACAAAAAGAUGAACAUUGCUAGGAGAAACUUGGCCAUGUCUCAGCGCUUUGACCCAACAAGUGCACAACCUGGUAUCCCACAUCCACCCAGGCCGUCAUCUGCUCCUGUAUCCGGGAGCCCAUUUGGUCUUUAUCAAGCCACAAGACAGCCCAUGAUGCCACCACCUCCUCCACACCAACAGUACCCACCCUUUUAGCCACAGCAGGGGCCACAGGUGUCAACAAACCAGGACUAUUUCAGUCCAGGCACACAGAACUUGUCCAGUCUUUCUGGAAUGUCCAACUUGGACAUGGACAUUGCCAUGCCUGGAAGUCAGAGAACCACUCUGUCAACACCCAAUCCAUUAAGGAGGAGUAGCCAAAGCCCAUCUAGACAGACACCCACCACCACCAAGUAAAAAGUUUACACAUCACCAUGUGCUGUAUUUUAGGAACUUUGGAUAGCAUCAUAGACUGUGUUUGUUUUAGGAAAUUUAGCCCUCACCCUGAAUUGUCCAAAAAAGAUAUAGUCUCAGGAGUUAUUACAUAUUGCUCAUCUCCACAGAUUAGUCUGUGAUUCAUGGAAUGAAAUGUUGGAAAGGGGGCAGGAAUGUUCCGACUCUGGCACCUUGUAAAUUUGUACAUAAUAAAACUGGUUUUGAUUUUGCA